UGCGGCCCUGCGUGGGUCGGAAGGUGGUGCUGGGGCGGUGGCAGGCCCUUCUCUUCUCCCCGGUGCGGUGCGCGAUUUGCUGCCACCUCCCUGCCGUCUACGUUGUUGGUUGGGAGCGCCACCUUUGGGAAGGGGAGCCCAGGCAUGUCUAAAGAUUAGACUGUAAGAAAAGAAAAUAGAAGCCAUGUUUCGAAGACCUGUAUUACAGGUACUUCAUCAGUUUGUAAGACAUGAGUCUGAAAUAGCUAGUAGCUUGAUUCUCGAAAGAUCUCUGAAUCGUGUGCAGUUACUUGGGCGAGUAGGUCAAGACCCUGUCAUGAGACAGGUAGAAGGAAAAAACCCAGUCACAAUAUUUUCUCUCGCAACAAAUGAGAUGUGGCGAUCAGGGGAAAGUGAAGCAUACCAAAUGGGUGAUGUCAGUCAAAAGACAACGUGGCACAGAAUUUCGGUAUUCCGGCCGGGCCUCAGAGAUGUGGCAUAUCAGUAUGUGAAAAAGGGGUCUCGAAUUUAUGUGGAAGGAAAAGUAGACUAUGGUGAAUAUACGGAUAAAAACAAUGUGAGGCGACAAGCAACAACAAUUAUAGCUGAUAACAUUAUAUUUCUGAGUGACCAGACAAAAGAGAAGGCAUAGAGUGGACGAUUCUUCUUUGGCCAUUGUUUGGUAUAGUCUCAUUUCCAAAUCAUGUAUAGUCUUUAUAGUUUCUAAGAACAAGAAUUAAAAUAUUCUUUUAUAUAGAAUGAGUGAUAAUAUUUCUCCUGACUGUUGCCUCCCCUCCCCUUUUUGUCUCAUAAACCUUGAUAGCUCCUGUCUA